AUGGCCGACUCGGUCGACCGCGUGUUUGUCCAUGCACUCAACACGAUCAAAAAGAUACCCAAGACGGGGGCCACCCGGCCCCCUCCCGCCGACCGCAUGCGCCUUUAUGGGCUGUACAAACAGGCCAUGGAGGGCGAUGUCGACGGCGUGAUGGAGCGCCCUACAGCCGCCUCGGGAAUCCAGGUCGAGGACCUCCAGCGGGAGAGGGACAAGUUCGACGCGUGGAACCUACAGAAAGGAUUGAGUCGCACCGAGGCCAAACGUCGGUACAUCGAGGCCCUGAUAGACACGAUGCACAAAUAUGCAACUACAGACAAUGCUAUGGAGCUAGUCGCAGAGCUCGAGUUUGUUUGGAAUCAGAUCAAAGGAAACACGUCGGCGUCGUCCGAGCCAUCGCCCAAAGGACCAGGAGACGAGAGCGGGGCUGCCCGACGCUUCGAGGAGCCCGCGAGCGGAGCCGACGGGCCGAUGAAAGUAUUGAGCCCGAUGAGCGAAGAGGACGAGGCCGAAAAGGACUACCGACGACGGAUGGCCGCCGAGGCCGGCGGCGAGGAAGAAGACGAGGACGAAGACGGCGAUCAAUACGUUAAGCGAGGCGACCGGUGGUCCAAGAAGAUGGAGCGCGCCAUUGUCCGGCUCUCUACAGAGAUAGCGGCUCUCCGGGAACACAUCACGACGGGACGCGAGUGGAGAUCUCGAAGGAAGCGAAGUUUUGGCGCAUGGGUGGCCUGGGCGUUGUGGCUUGCGGCAAAGCACGCCGCGGCCGACCUGUUGCUCCUGGUCCUGGUUCUGAUCUGGAUGCGGCGGAAAAAAGACCGACGACUCGAGAGCCAUAUCCGGGAAUCAUUCAAGAUAGCACUAGAGUACAUUGGGAGGACACUUCUUCCCUCAAGAUGA